AAGGGCCCAAAGAGAUGUGACGAAGAACAAGUUCUAGCCCGUGUGUCAGUCGUGAAGUUGGUCACUCGUCAUCUUUCAGUCGUGCUUUCAAUCCUCCCUUUUGGCGGACCGGAUCUAACAAUCCCCUCCUUAAGUAUCGAGUAACUUUCCUGGGCGACCGAAAGAACCGACGGAAGCAAUGAUCUUGAUGGAAGAAAAGAAAGCAGGAUCUUGUUAAUCUCGAGCCAUGGUGAGCUUUGAUUUUUCCAAGAAUUUCCUUUCUACCCGCGUAGUAACUUCUAGCGUGGAUUUAUAAAAGUCCCAGCAUCGAAAACCGGUCUCUGUCUUGAGCUGGUCCGCCACACACUGCUCUGCUCGCUCGCUCAUCUCUAAAGUCCCAUCUUUUCCAUACCUUCUCCAUCUUUCUCGCAUCUCUCUCCCACUCCCAUCUUCCUUCCACUCACAGACAUCUCUUUCUCUCUUUUGCUGCUCGUCCAGCCGGACUCGCGAACUAAUAUCUCGCUCUCGCCCAAUCUGGCCACUAUCUAUCACGCGAAGAACAAAGUGGUCCUUCCGGGAGAGAAAGAGAAAGAGAGCUCCAAAGUGAUAUAAAGCUUUGAUCUUUGGUCUGAAAGGAAGCUCUUCAGUCACUUCAAUCAAUCGAGCACUUGUGGAAUUGUUAUCCUUGGAAAUGAAGUUGUUUGAUUGGAUCAGCCGGAAGCCCAACAAGGAUCAGGCAGCCUCCAAUGCAGCUGAUCUUCUUCCUCGCCUCCAAAAUCCGCAAAAUCAGCGGCAGCACCAGCAGCAAGUCUUGAAGAAAUCCGUCCAUGCCGUGCAAUCCAAGCUGCUCAAGCUCAACCAGUUCUUCGAUCAGGAUCCAAGCGAGCCAUCGUCAAAACGGCGAGAGAUCGUCAAGAUCUUCGUCAACCACGAAGAGUAUGGAUUGCUGGCGAUUGGAACGCUGGGACUGUACGAUGUGUCUGGCGUGGAGCCAGAGAUCGAGCUCUUCGAGGUGACGCCGAAUCUGUCAUUCCAACCAGAUGGCCUCAAAGUUGAGCAAGAAAAACUCCAAGAGAAAGAGGAAAAUGGAGCUCUAGUUCUCCGCAAGCCAAGCGCCAAUGGAAGCAAGAAAGUCGUUCCUCUAGAUCCAAGCACACUCAUUGGAGGAACAAAGCUGCUCAAGAGAUCCAAGCUGCUGGAUCGACUCCUCCAUCCUCUCACCCAUCUCACUCCCAGCUUCAAAACCACUCCUGCGCAAGACGAUCAUCCCGAGCCCGGCAAGAAAAGCAAGAGCUUAUCUCUCUUCAAGAAGCUCGUCCUUGGAAACUCCAGCCCCGUGAACAAGCAAAUCACUAGCGACACUCGGAACAGUAGCAAGAAGAACAGUAGCCUGGAAACCCGUGCCAUCCAUAACAAUCACCAUAGCCAUCACAGUAGCAAUCACAGCAGUAGCGGCAACUCGAGGAGAAGACCCAAGCCAUCGUCUCUCUUCGCCUGCGUGAGCUUGCAAGUGGAAGAAGGAGACACCGAGGAGGAGGAGGAGGAGGAGCGAGAGGCCGAGGUGGAGGUCAUGGAGGCCGAGGAGCAAGAGCUUGCAGGAGUUGGAGCUGGAGGAGUAAAACCUUCGGUUGCUCUGUCACCAUCUCCGAGCACCGGAUGUGCUGCGUGUUCUGUUCCAGGGGACCCAAACCCAGUCCACCAGCAAACAUGUGCCAAGCCAGAGUAUUGGAUCCGGACCGAUUCCGAUUAUGUUGUGCUGGAGCUGUAAGGAGGUGGAAGUGGAAGCAGCGGAAGUGAGGACAAAGGAAGAAGAAAACAGAUGCACUGCUUACGGCUCUUCCUGAUCUUGUGUUGGUGUGUUUCGGAUUUUGUUGCUUGAUCUCAACCGAAACUUAGAAGCCCAGGCCAUGCAUGGCAUGUUCUUGACUAUGUUGUACAUCCGAAGUCUCUGUUUGUACAUAAAAUAAAACCAAAUGGAGGAAGAA